AUUUUUUAAACAAAGAUCAAUUGCUGCAAAAUUUCCAUUUUUAAAAACUCUUGGGUUAUUGAGUACACGGUUGUAAUGUCAUAAUAGAGAUAAAAUUAGUAACGACCUAAAUGUCGUAAUUAAUCACAAUUCACUUUUACUUUCAAAUUUACCGCUAUGUGGAAUUCAUGCUAAUGAAAUAUUAAUGACGAAUAAAAUCAACAUACUGAAUUUAGUGUUUAAAUGCUGUAGAAAGCGUAAAAAAAGCAAAAAAGAUGAAUCAUCGUAAAAUUGAAUGAAAUUCAUUAUCUAUUAUGGCUACCACCAGUAGUUCAGAGGACAGUACAGCUCCAAGAGAUUUCCAUUUAUCUUCUUCCACGGACAGUGGCAGUCGGUUAAGCCCUAACAGACAGCGUUGCCCUUUAUGUCGCAAGUUUAGGAAAGUUUUUUAUUGUAAAGAAUGUAUUCACAGUGGGUUAUUUUACAGUUCCAAACAAAAGAUUGCUGAAAGUUGUUUUGAAAAACAGAGAGCUCUAUUAGAAUUAGAAGAUAAUAAAAAUACUUUAGAGAAGAACUGUCUUAAAUUGUUGGAUAAUAGACGAAAAUCUGAUAUAUUGAGUUCAAAAAUAAGACAGGCAAAAGAUAGAACAAAAAUACUAAGGUUGGCUUUAGAAGAAAAGAGAUACAGACGAACAAUCAAUAACACAUCACUGGCAACGUUAAGGGAUAAAAAUGAAAGGGGAAGUAAAAGUUUACCGAAAUACGAUAACAAAGUUCAUGAAAUUGAAUCAUUUGUGUGUUCUAAACAAGAAAAAGUUGAGAAAACUAGAGAUAGUGUUAAGGAGAAACAAGAAGAACUCAAAAAACUUGUCAAGUUGAGAAUACAGCAACUUUUCAAAUAUAUUUUUCCUAUUACCAUUGUGAAUCCAAAUUUGGAAAUUGAAAGAUCUACUGAUAGUAUGGUAAAUGCCUUGGCGGAGGCAUCCCAAUCUACUGAUCGCUGGGAUUAUUCAUAUUAUACAGGGGAAACGAGAUAUUGUAUUGCAGGGCCUACAUUACCAGUGUCAGGAAAUUAUUCUGCUUAUAAUAUUUGGGUGGCUCAAAAUCAGGACGGAGUUCCUAAUUCAAAUAUCGCCAGUUCAGUUGAAAUAAAUCCUGCUUAUAGCAUUAGUGCUGCCCUUACAUACACAGCACAAUUAAUUAGUGUUUUAUCCUAUUAUCUCAACAUCAAACUUCCAUAUAAAAUGCAAUAUAGUGACUAUUCUGAUACCUUCAUGAACGAACAAAGAUUCGCAAGAAGAACUGCAAGAUUAAACGCCAACAUACUCUAUUUGUGUUUUCAUCAAAAAGUCGAUUUAACCUCUUUAAAUUCCACAAAAACGAUACAUAAUAUUCUGCAACUCAUCGAGAAUUCAAGCACGGAUUUGGGGUGGGACGGUCCUGUACAGUAUGAUUUUAAUCGAGCUGUUGCUCUAGCACAGAAUUUAUCGAGUGAUCUUAAAACUAACGAAGACUCCGAUUCAGAAGAGGGAGACUCUUUCCCUGCAGAAUGGGAAGCUGUACCGCAUGUACAGUGUCCUGAAAUAUCUGCCGGUCCUGCUAUUAGCCAAGCACCUCAGAUGAUCAGUACACAACAAGCCAGCAGUAUGGCUGGCGGUUUAGUAAACAGUGCUGCCGCCAGUAUAGCGUCUAUAUGGCGCGGAUUUACCGGCAGAAUCUCUUCACAAAAGUUUGCGUCUCAAGUAAUAUUUUAUAUUCGGAUCAAGUUUUAAAGAUUAAGAAUAAAAUAGACAUUUUAAAACAUCACAUAGGAUUAGUCCUGAAUCCACUGUUUAUCUGAUCCUUUGAACGGGAUAUGAACUAGCAAGAUCAAAGUACUAGUGUAAUUGAGGUUAUGAGUACAAUAUCAGGCUAAACCCACAAAAAUUCAAUAUACACAUAAUCCAACUGGUUGGUUAAUAAUUAUAUGUGGAUUAUUUUCACUUUUCAAAAAUGUGAAAUGCUAGAACAUUAGACACCACCAUCCACAAAUGAAGAAAACACCCGUCACGUAACAAGACUUCAGACACCAAAUAAAUUAUUCAUAGAGAAUUUCCCUUCAUUACUGUAGAAGAGAAGGUGACCAUAGAAGAUAUAUUUCAUCAGAUUUAGAUAAAAUUGUAUCGGUUAUACUCAUAGGCAAAGAUCAUAUUUCAUAUUUGGGAAAAACUUUCGAUGACUAGUACAAUUUGCAUUUUUAUCCCCAGACUCCUGUCGAUGGAGCUGGAAAACAUCAACUAGAAUGCGAAAAGGACCAUACAGAGAGUGCUAAAAUAUGAUAUCGUGUGAUAUGUAUUCACCCGAUGAAUAGUGGCCACGAAGAUUUUCUAUUACUAAAAGUAGUUGAGGACGUAUUACUUCUGUAAUCAUGACUUGGGUCCUCCUUCAUUUUUAUAUAGGAUGGAAUUCUUACCUCUAGAUACCAACAAAAGAUCGGAUUAAGCAUUUUGUUGAUCAGAAUCACACAUAAAUCUCUCAUUAGCAUUCAUGUAUCAUAAAAAUCACUGAUAUAUUAUUAACUUAACUACAGUAAUUUAAUAGAAAAAAGUAGGUGAGUAUCAGUGAAGUUUUCGCCGUAACGGUUCCACUGUUAGUAUAAUGUCGAUCUUCACUACAUCUUCAUUGAUUUACACCAGGCGUACGACAGUAUCCUCAGAGACCUGGUGGAGUUUAGUGCCCCAAAGAAGUUGGUGCGUAUGAUUAGAAUUACAAUAAAGGUUUAUUGGUGGGAAAAUUUAGUUUAAAACCUACAGACUCUGAAGACGAUAACUUGGUUAUCAAAACGCGUAUCAGACAGUAUAAUUGUUAGUGUUGGUGUAGUGUGUUCAGUAUGAAUAACAACAAAGGUGAAUAAUCCAACUACGAAGUAGAUUUGUAACGAAAUUAAAUCCUUUGUUAUAUGAACAAACAUUAAGAAUCGGAUUGACCUGAAAGAGGAUGUUUACAAGCGAAGGGAUUUUCUCGUUUUCUUUAUGACGCCCCACGGACUCACAGUCUCAAUUACGAGUGUCGGUAAACAGUUUGCUUAUCAUAAAUUUCAAUCUACAGUUAAUAAAAAUUGUUUUAUGUUACUAGUUUAAGAAUUUUUUGUAUGCAUAUAUUUUUUUUUUCGUUUUUCGUAUAUUCUAUGAUGUUUCCCAGGUUUUUGACUACCGGAAAUAUUUUUUGAUAUGAUUAUAAAAAUGAUAGAAUUUAGAAAAAAUAUUUUUUGUUUAUCCCAACCAUGACGCUUAAAAUUUUGUGAAUUAUUAAGUUGAAUUUUGACUGGACUGAUGAUAUAGGUUAUGGUCAAAAUAAAUAAGUUCGAACGUUGAAUGCUAUAUUUUAAUUUCAGCAGCUGAGACAUGAAUUUUUGACAAUAUAAUUGAAAUUUUGUAAAUAUUUUCUCUAUUUCUAGAAACUGAAAAUGUGUAGCACAAAACGUUGAUUUUUGUAUUCGCUUUGUAUAAACGUGCCAAUAUUUUUUUAUUACAAAACUUCCAAAAAGCAA